AUCCCUUCAAGAGACGAGCAGAACCAGCUCUAAGCGUUAGCGCGCUUCAGUGCUGCCUAGCAGUCGCCUCACUGCCUCGUUGUCGGUGAGUGUUAGUGCGUGGUUCUCCUGACUGAGGUGCAUCCGACUCUUACCCGUCCCCUGACCUCAUCCAGUCUUAGAUUUCCUUGCCAACAGGCUACGAUAUUCCCUCCUUCCAAAGCCGUCCUACUACAAAGAUACGGAAUGGCGAACCGUCCCCGCACCGCCUCCACCAGAAAUGAAGAGGAGAUGAUGGCAGCUGCCCGAAGGAAGUUGACCCAGACGACAGACCCCGUGGAGAAACUCAGACUCCUUUGCCUCUCCAGGGGCGCCUCUGGUAUCAUGGGCAUGGGCAAGAUUUUCCGAAGAAUGGAUGAUGACGGAUCCCACAGCCUUAACAUGGAAGAGUUCUCCAAGGGCAUCGUUGAGACAGGACUUGACCUCUCCGAGGAGGAAGCCGAAAAGCUCUUCAACGCUUUCGACAAGGACGGUGGGGGAAGCAUCAACUACGAAGAGUUCCUAGUAGCUAUUAGGCCCAAAAUGAACGAAACACGAAUGAAACUUGUGGAAAUGGCUUUCGACAAGAUGGACAAGUCAGGUGACGGCGUUGUGACAGUGGACGACCUGAAGGGCGUCUACACCGUCACUAAGCACCCCAAGUUCCUAUCCGGGGAGAUGACCGAAGACCAGAUCCUGUUGACCGUCAUUAAAAAGUUCGAAAACAACACUUCCGUCGAUGGAAAAAUCACGAAGGACGAAUUCUGCGACUACUAUGCAGGAGUGAGCGCUUCCGUCGACCAAGACGCUUAUUUCGAUCUCAUGAUGCGCAACGCCUGGGGAAUUAAAUAGAUCCCUCCAGACCAUUUUAUGAAUCAUGUGGUUGCCAAGAAGUUUAUUAAGAUAUGGAGUCAUCGCAGGCCUUAUAUUUUCUCCUUCUUUAUAAAGUGUACUACAAUGGAUUAUUAUUGCAUAGAUCUAUUAACUCUUGCGAUGCCUCCUCACAUUGCAUAGAGAGACUUCCCUUCAAGGCAUCCAGUUUCAUCAGCUGUUUCCUUUUGCGCACCAUCAUUUGUAAGUUUCAGUGCUGAGGAUUUUCAUUUUAGUGGUCUUUAGUUUCAGGUUGUUGUUGCUUUUAAUGAUGAGACAUCAAGAGUUUCUUAUGAUGUAAUAUGGGGAUGCAAACUUUUAUGUGUUUUUAUUUUUUUUAUUUUUUUAUUUUUGGUACCAGUUUCUUAUUUUCUUUCAGACAGAGAUAAGUUCGUUUCUCCUUUUACCGUUCAAAUGUUUUCGUUUUAGAAUUAUUUCAUAAGUCUGUAAGUGUGAAAUUAGUGCUCGUUGAAUAUUGUCUGAUCAACCCGAAAGGUUCUUUAAUUCUCUUCCUCUCUCUACUAUGGAUAUCGUUUUCCAUUGUAUUCAGUGUAAUGUAAGGAAAGAAAACUACUGCCAUUUUCAUGAUAUUUAGAUAUCCUGUUCACUCUCUCGUACCGAAAUUCCUCUUGCUUUUGUUGUUUCAUGUUACUACGAAAAGAGAACAUUUUUAGGUGCUAGUCUAUCCUGCCGAUAGUGAUAUACCGUAGUCGUUGGCUUUUUAUGAUCAGAUCGCUUUGCUAAGUGGCUAAUAACAAAGAGGGGUCUUUUGGGCAACAAAUACACGAUAUCGUUGACGCAAUGUUGUGUUUGGACCAUUCACCGUAAUUUCGAAGUCUAUCAACGAUGGUGGGUUCAAUCUUAUUCCAAAUCUCUAGCGUCAUUUUUACUUAUUAGAGACAUAACUGCAGUUGAUCAACGGGAAACACAUCUCCAGACAUAACCGAAUAAUAAAUAAGUCUUGAACACUUAUAAGACAGAAUAUUUUGCAUUUACCAAUGCCAGCUUUCUUUGGGUGACAUAUUCACACACACACGCACACACACACACACAAACGCGUGCGUGAAUGCGCAUCCAGCUAACUCGGAACAUCUUGUCUCAUUGAACAUGUCACAAAAUUUCAACCAAUCAGAGUAAUAGCACCGACAACACCAUAGACAAGCAGUGACUCGAUUUGCUGAAGCUUUGGGACAUGUGAACGAGACGCAUUUCAAUGAGCGUAUAUUGAACAGCAUAGGGUGGAAAAAUGAAAUCUGUUGAUUCGUCAUCAUUGCAAGAAUGAUUUUAGUGUUAAAAAGUUUAUCUUUUCCUUUUAUCUAGAAUUUUCAUCAUUGACAGAUCACAUUGCUUAGAUCAAAGUUGUAAACGGCAUUCCAUUUCUCAUGAAAUUUCUCAUCCAAAGGAUGAUGCCACGCGCUUCAACAAUGUCUGAACUUUGAGUGUCAAUUGUCAUUUAAAUCUCAAGUAUUUAUGAAAAUCGAGAGUCUCUGAUAGCAUAUUAUUGCUGCGAUAACAACCGAACUUGAACUCGCCUGCAUGUAAUCCGGUGCUUAGGCAAGAACUAAACUCAUACAAUAAAAAAAAAAUCGAAAAUGAUUCUAGCUGCAUUUAUAUUUACAUUUGUUCUCUGUGAUGAUAUGUGGAAUAACUUACUGUUGAGUGAUCACAUAUUGGGUUACUGGGAAUGCUCAUUGAAAUAUUUAGUGCUUGCACUGGGGGAAAAAAGUUAUUUCGAAAUUAUAAAUAUAUAUCUGAACACUGAUUUCACAUCCCGUAAAAGGCUUGUACCUCACAGAAGGAAAACAGAAAGUGUUAACUGCGACAUAUUUACAAUCCCAAGUAUGCUUUUUUAUCUGCACUAAAUCUACAAAGAUAUUGAAUGAAUGAAUGUUUGGAAAUCAAAAGUUCAUUAAGACCUACAUCACAACCUAGAAAAUAUAUAUAUUUUGAACACAUUUCCAAAUGCUUAUUUAUCUUCCAGGCUUACUUAUUUCUGCGUAUCUCGCAGUGUAAUUGACUUCUCCUUGUCAUUCUUGUUACUUUAAGGUGUCAGAUGUUUAUACAUCAAAUGAUAUGAAUGUAUAACAAUGAAGAAGAGUCAUUCAUCGACUCAUCAUUGACUGUCAAAGGAUCACUGUACAUGAAAUAAUAAAUCUCAGAAAAUCC